CACUCCAGCAUCCAGGCCUCUUUUCACUCUCGCUUCGUUCCUCAUUCGACCCUGGACAACACACAGGAGAGACCUGCCCUAGGGUUGCGCCGCCGCCCCAUCCUCCUGGAAGAGCAAGCACCACCGCCGUCCGGCGCUCCGGCCGACCGGCCAGCACUCCAGGCCUCCAGCCGCAUCUCCUUCCCCGCCGCAUCUCCAGGUCUCCAACCCCGCGUCGGCCGGCAGCACGCCACCACAGGGAUCCGGCCAGCAAGUGACACGAUGGCAUCCGAACCUGAGUAUGUUCUUGAGGAUGAGCUGAAUGCACGUGAACUUGCCCUUGCGAAUGCCCGUGAACUUGAAGCGGAUGCCCAUAUACUUGCGCUUGCGGAUGCAGAAGCAGAUGAAGCAAUAGCUGCGGGAGUGAAAGCCACGAUGAAAAUGGAAGAUGCGGGGGUGAUUCAAAUUGAGGAUGAUGAGGAACCUGUGAAUCCAAAAUUGAGGAAACCGAUGGCAGCAAGAUCAGAGGCCUGGGAGCAUUUUACCAAACUUCUAGAUUCCAAUGGUAAGGUGAAAGAACGAUUGUGCAAGUAUUGUAACCGUCCAAUUCAAGCUACUACAGCAGGCAAUGGGACAUCAUCAAUGCACAGGCACUUGCUAUUUGUUGUAAGAAUUAAUGUUCUCUUAUUUGUUUUGAAUUAUAAACUGCUACCUGUAAGCUGCUCCCAUUUCCUGCUGCUCUACUGUAAGUCUGUAACGUGUUGUGAACUUGUGAAUUGUGAUAUACUGUUUAGUUUCCCCAUUUGUGUGCUCCCAUUUUUAUGUACAUGUGCUAUCAGAACCAUGUUGUGCUAGUUUAUUCUUCUGCUAGAAAUUAUUUA